GUUACACUUCAGCCUCUCUUCUCAAUUCCCCACAAAUCCUUCGCCAAAUUCCCAAAACCCUUCCGCUUCCAUAGAUUCAGGCCAGUCACCAAUAGCAUGGCGGACUCAUCAAAGCCGGUGACCGGAGAGAAUUACCCGGUACCACUCUCGCCUCCAUUGCCGGCGAUUUCCAAGAACUUGGAGCUCGCUAGAGCCAUGGCUGCCUGCUCUAAAUCCAGCCUAUUUUCUUUGUCAGCUUGCGAUGUUAUAUACGAGGAUGAGUGGCUCAUUGCUGUCAAUAAGACUCAAGGGGUAUACUGUGAAAGCGUUUUGGGCUCUGUUCCUCGUUUUCUCGGCGAUUCGGCUAUGGCUGGUGCGCAGAGUGGAGAGAUCAAAAUCAGUCUGCCAGAGCUUCAUCUUGCCAAUCGUCUCGAUCGUGACACAAGCGGAGUGAUGGUUAUAACGAAGUCGCAUAAAGUUGCUUCUAAAUUAGUGAAGGCAUUUACUGACCACAAGGUUUCAAAAUCAUAUAUUGCCUUCUGCGUUGGUUCGGCUCCAAAAUGGAAAAAAAUCAUUGUCAAAUCUGGUCAUGGAAGGUCAAAGUUCGGAGUCUGGCGUGUCUAUGCUGCAGCUGAUGUGGGUCGCUCCUUACCGGGCGGUUCGGUAGUCCGAGACAUGGAAACCUCUUUUGAAGUAUUGUCUGUAAAUGGGCAAAGCACCAAAGAGGAACUUCCAGAAUCUAGAAAAGAUGAAGAAGAAGAAGAAGAAACAAUUGUAGCCCAAUCAAAAUCUCUGAUAGAUAUCGAUGCUCGGAAGGACGAGAUAUUGAUUCGAGCACGACCUCGGAGUGGAAGGACUCAUCAAAUCCGUCUUCACUCCCAAUAUCUUGGAAUUCCUAUUGUAGGAGAUGUGAAAUAUGAAGGUGUUACGGAGUGGAAUGGAAAAAUUUAUGAUAGCCAUGAGCUUCAUGCUGAAAGCUUGUAUUUUGUGCACCCUAUUACAGGCAUUCCUCUCAAACUGCAAGCUCCUCUGCCAUCAUGGGCCACCCAAGCAUUGCAGCCCCAACAGCAAGAAAUGAAUUCUGCAGCAUCCUUGAAACCUAUGCCUUAACAUUAUCACUGGCACUGUUAUACGAUGAGUCUCAGUGUCGAAGAAUGUCGGGAAGCGGUGCUCGUUGAAUCAGACGUUAGAUGAGCUCUUGAGAGCACAACAGUCUCCUCUAGAAUAUCAGCAAAGUCGGGAACGAACAACUUGCUGAGUUUCUUCUCAAAAAUCGAAAGGAUGGGAUGCUCGUAGCCGAUUCUGGACAUGAAAGAAGAAGCAUGGCAUGUCUAAGGCGGUCGAGGUUCUUCAAAGCACCCUCGGAAACUUUCCCCUUCCCUAUAUUUGUGCAAUUAUAUGAUAAAUCGUUUAGAAAUCGAAUGUCUUUAUAAAAAUAUAGAUUGAAUUGUUAUAUAAUAGAAUCGUAUCGAUAUUUCACCUCGA